AUGUAAGACGAAGAGAAAAUUUUAGAAUAAUUAAAAGAACUUGAUAAAGCUUAAGAUAAAAAUCCUGUAAAAAUAUAAAUUUAAUUUUCAUUAGGUAACUUUAGCAUCAUUAAAAACUUUAAAAUCUGCUAUUUAUAACAGAGAUAACUGUAGUGAAAUUAAGAACUUUAAAUGAAACUACUUUAAAAUCUGAAAACAUCAAAAUAUAUUUCUGUUCUCUCUGUGGUAAGAAGGCAAUAGGAAAAAAUAUCGGAUUAGAUACUCUACCAACAAGAAGAUCAGAUAUAGAUAUUUUUAAGAAGGGUUUUUUAUUUUUAUUUUUUCUAAAUAAUUUUAUAUAAUAUUAAUAAAUUUUUCAUUAAGUUAAAUUGUUUUAUGAUUUUUUAUCGAAGUAUUACAAUUAAUUUAAAAUAAAUCUUUGUACGAUUAUUCUUAAAAUAGGAAGGUAUAAAAUAUAUUAAGUGAUCAAAUUCUAAAAAGAGUCUUAUUUUUAAGCUGUGUACAUGUAGCAUAUUAAUGUGUAAGUUAUGAAGAAGAUGCAGAAUUAAUAUAAGGUAAUUUAAAUAUUUCAUUAUCAAAUAAACCCUAUUUGUUUGUACUUAAUGAUACCAUUGUUUAAAUUAAUAAUUUAAUCAAGAAAAAUAGUAAAAUAAAAGAUAUAUAUUGA